AUGGAUAAAGCAAAUGAUUAUUUAAAAGAUUAUCAACCAGCUAAAUUGGUUUUAGCAACUGCUGGCAUAACAGCAGCAUCAAUUUUAGCAUAUCAAGCUAUCACUGAUAGAGAUUUUAAAGAUAAAUUAAAUAAAAAAAUAUUUAGAUCAAUUAAAUCAAUGCCAGGUGUUAGUGAUAUUGUAAAGAAAGAAAGAGCAAAAGCAAAAGUUGAAUUAAAGAAAAUGUUUAAAACAGAUGUUCGUAAUGCACAUUAUACAUUACCAUUGAAAGGUAUUAAACAUGAAGAUUUGAUUGAAGAAAUGAAAGCAUUAGCCAAAGUUGAUGAAUCACAUUGGGUAGAUUCAAAAGUGAGUGGAUGUGUUUAUUUGGGAGAGAAAGAGCAUACUAAACUAUUGAAUGAGGCAUAUUCAUUGUUUUCAUUAUCGAAUCCAUUACAUCCAAGUGUUUUCCCAUCAAUUCGUAAAUUUGAAACCGAGAGUAUUUCAAUGGUUAGUAAUAUGUUGAAUGCACAUUCAAAAGUUGUAGGAUCAUUAACAUCUGGUGGUACAGAAAGUAUUUUCAUGGCAGUUAAAGCCUAUAGAGAUUUCUAUAAAGAUAGAACUGACAGACCAGAGAUUGUAGUACCAGUGACAAUUCAUGCCGCUUUCGAUAAAGCAUGCGAAUACUUAAAGAUUAGAAUCGUGCAUAUCGAUGUGGAUCCAGUUAGCUACAAGGUUGAUAUGGCUGCAAUGAAGAAAGCAAUCAAUAAGGAUACAAUUCUCGUCGCUGGUUCCGCUGUUAAUUUCCCACAUGGUAUUAUCGACCCAAUCGAUGAGAUUGCAAAGUUGGCCCAACAAUAUGAUAUUGGUUGUCAUGUCGAUGCUUGUUUGGGUGGUUUCAUUUUACCAUUUGCAGAGAAAUUAGAUUAUGAUAUUCCAGUGUUUGAUUUCCGUAUUCCAGGUGUAACUUCAAUGUCUGUCGAUACUCAUAAAUUUGGUUACGCCGCCAAGGGUACCUCUGUAGUAUUAUUUGGAAAUAAAAAGUUAAGAAGAGCAAUGUAUUUCGUUGCACCAAAUUGGCCAGGUGGUAUUUAUGCUUCACCAACUUUACCAGGUAGUCGUCCAGGUGGUUUGGUUGCCGCCUGUUGGGCAUCAUUAGUUUCAAUGGGUAAUGAUGGUUUCCUCGAGAAAGCAAAAGGUGUAAUGGAAACUACAAAGAAGAUCAUUAAAGGUUUACAAUCAAUCAAUGGUGUUAAAAUCAUUGGUGAUCCAAAAGCAAUGGUUGUUGCAUUCACUUGUGAUAACAUCUUUUAUGUCAAUGAUUAUAUGUCAAAGAAAGGUUGGCAUUUAAAUGCACUUCAAAGACCAAAUUCCUUACACGUUUGUGUUACCGCUAAAAUGAUUGGUAUGGAGUCUUUAUUCAUUGAAGAUCUUAAAGAUUCAAUUAAAUUGGUCAAAGAUAAUAGUGGUAGUUUACCAAAAGAUGGUACCGCUCCAAUCUAUGGUUCUGCUCAUAGUGUACCUGAUAGAGAAAUGGUUGGUACUAUCUUAUCAGAUUUCAUUGAUGAAUUAAUUACACCUGAUUAUAAACCUUCUCAAUCAACUUAA